GAGCUCGUGAAUACGGGUGGGGGAAAAAAAGGAGCACCUCACGCCAAGGCUUCGACCAUUUUCAGCGUUCAGUGGUUCUCAAGCCAGUCUGAUUUUCUUUAGGCUUUUUGCAGAGUUUGGAAGUCAACUGGAGCAAAACGAUGUGGAAAGCAGCAGCUGGUCAUUCUCUCUCCGUUACCGUUGACGAUGGUAAUGAUGACUGGGAGACAGAUCCUGACUUUGAGAAUGAUGUGUCUGAGAAAGAGCAGCGAUGGGGAGCAAAAACAGUGGCAGGCUCUGGACAUCAGGAGCACAUCAACAUCCACAAGCUGCGUGAGACAGUGUCGUGUGAGCACAGUGAUCUAAAACAGCGCGAGCUGGAGAACAUGCCCAAAGCCUCACAUGGCUAUGGGGGAAAGUUUGGUGUUCAGGAGGACCGAAUGGAUAGGUCGGCUGUGGGUCACGAGUAUCAGAGUAAACUGUCAAAGCACUGCUCCCAGACAGACACAUCUAAAGGCUUUGGUGGGAAAUUUGGAGUUCAGAGUGACCGUGUGGACCAGUCUGCAGUAGGGUUCGAGUAUAAUGCGAAAACAGAGAAACAUGCCUCACAGAAAGAUUACACCACUGGUUUUGGGGGUCAAUAUGGUGUUCAGACCGAUCGUGUGGACCAGAGUGCUCUAGGCUUUGAUUAUCAGGGAAAAACAGAGAAACACGAAUCCCAGAAAGAUUACGCUAAAGGAUUUGGUGGGAAGUAUGGAGUGGAAACCGAUAAAGUGGACAAAAGUGCAGUGGGCUUUGAGUAUCAGGGCAAAACGGAGAAACAUGAGUCACAGAAAGACUACGUGAAGGGCUUUGGAGGGAAGUUUGGAGUGCAGACGGACCGGGUGGAUAAAUCCGCUGUUGGCUGGGACCAUCAGGAGAAACUGCAGCUUCAUGAGUCUCAGAAAGAUUAUAAGCGUGGGUUUGGAGGGAAAUACGGGGUGGAGGUUGAGAAGCAGGAUCAGUGCGCGCUUGGCUAUGACCACAAAGAGAGUCUGGCUAAGCACGAGUCUCAACAAGAUUACUCCAAAGGGUUUGGAGGGAAAUACGGAGUGCAGAAGGACCGAAUGGACAAGAGUGCAGGAACGUUUGAGGAUGUUGAGAAACCCAUCACUACUUACCAGAAGACCAAACCAGUUGAAGCAGCCGGCAGAGGAACGGGAAGCAUCAAGGCUCGGUUUGAGAAUCUGGCCAAGCAGAACGAGGAAGAGGACAAGAAACGGGCGCAGGAGGAGAGAACCAGGCGACAAGCCAAGGAGAAGCAGGAGCAAGAGGAAGCUCGAAGAAAGGCAGAGGAUAUCGCCAAAGCUAAAGACCUUUCCCCUCAGCCCAGCCCCACCUCCACCACUCAGACCUACCAGUAUCGGACUCAUGAUAUCCACCAGAAGGAAGAGGAGCCCGAGGAGCCCGUGUAUGAGGUAGAGGCGAGCUCGAAGGAGGAGGACCUUUACCAGAACCCAGACCAGGAUGACCAGUACCAGGCCUCAGACACUCAGUCUUAUGAUUAUGGCGAGGACCUGGGAGUGACUGCUGUGGCUCUUUAUGAUUAUCAAGCUGCUGGUGACGACGAGAUCUCCUUCGACCCCGACGACAUCAUCACCAACAUUGAGAUGAUUGACGAGGGCUGGUGGAGGGGCGUGUGCAGAGGGGCUUACGGACUUUUCCCAGCCAAUUACGUUGAAGUCCGGCAGUAAGCCCCGCCCAUCAGCCGUGCCCGCCUCCCUGGAGGAGAGGGGAUCUCCUUUGCACAUCUUUCCAUUCGUAUUCCUUCAUUUUUCCUUCGCCUCUUCGCAGUGCUUUAGGCAUUCUCAGGUCUUUCUCCUCUCUUCCUACUUUAGCCCUUCUUUUCACUUUGCCCCAGAAUAAGCCAUGCUGUGUCACUCUUCCAUGAGCAAAAGCUUCCUUCAUUUAUCACACUUUCCUCUCCCUCUACUAUUGUAGUCCAUAAUGAUACAGACAUGCAACAUGAGAGAUCUACAGAGUUCAAAUCUUGGCUUGGGGUUUAAUCGAUUGUGUACGUGAGAGUGAAAUGUAAGCAUGUAAAGAGGCUAGGACUUGUAUCUGGUGGUGGAAAAAGGAAAGGGUUGGUGGAAGAUUUGGUGAUAAACCAAAGAAUGAUGUAUUUGCAUGUAUUGGAAAGGGAAUGCUGUACAUUUUUGGAUGGAGAGGCAAAUGUAUAGAUUUGAAUUCCUGCCAAAAGUACUUUACGUUAAUGCAAUCCAAAAUCAUUCUAAUUAUUUACACUUUUCAUGGGUUUGGACUUUAUGGAUUUGCACCCACUUUGCAUGUAGUUUUGCCAGUUUAGAGCUGCAACUUGUGCAUUGUGGUGUUUCAGCUCUGCUCUCUCUCUCUCUCUCUCUCUCUCAUUUUUUUCCCUUUUUCUUUUUACAUUUUACACAUUAACAGCGCCAAAUUUACAAAUAUAAUUAUGACAUCAUGCGAUUACAAAAAGCACUAUGCUUACAUUGAUCUAUACCAUUUUAUUUUGACUGGUAUAUUUUUCUGUUUAGCUUGAGACACUCUGCAGAUCCUUUCACGUGAUGUGAAUCUGUAGCUUCUUACCUUGACAUGCAUUGGCAACACUAAUAGAAAAUAAAUAAAUGUAAAAUGUGACCAAAAGCUAUAACACUAAAAUGUACUAGAACAUACUGGCAUACAGUAACUAAACUUCUGCCAGUUAGUUGAGUUUAGUUCUUUCUGUCCAACUGUUAUGGCAGGAAGUGACUUUAAAAAAAAACAACAAAAAAACAACUAUUUUGCUUUGUGAAAUAUGUAUCGAGUCUGAGCAGGAGGAUAAAUGUAGAGAAGAAAUCAUCGUGCGUCCUGGGCAUGCAGUGUUUUGGGUUUUUUUUUUUUUUUGGUUCUUGUCGAUGUACUUGUGGUUUGUAACUCAGAGCCACUGCAUUGUUUUCUUCCUGACCAACACAAUAUUGAAAAUUUUAUGUCUGAGUCUGCUGGAUUGAGUGCACUUUUGGCAUGGAGUUGGCCUAUUCAUGGCUGCGUCCCAGAAGUGAAACCUGAACAGAUUAACGACCAUCAAGAUAUCUUGGUGUAACAGGUUUCUAGCAUUUGGGACAUCCUGAAGAUAAGAAUGCAUGAAUUCCAGUGUUUGGAACAGAGCUGAUAUAGAUAUAUAGCUUGAUCUUAUAACAGAACUAUUCUGGUGCAGUAGGAUUUUAAUUCAUUAACGACGCAUCCAUGGCAAAGUAGCAACAGCUUAAUUGUUUGGGUUUGGGGUUUUAUAAAAAGUGACCUUCUCAGAUCUAUUAUUUUUAUCUGUAUCUUGCUGGCUUAUCUCUCAUUACAUGCCUGUUUUUUUUGUAUGAAAUGAAAUUUCAGUUAAUAAAACAUGAAUAGUUGAA